AUGGGAGUAACAUUAGAAGGACAGAAAAAGGAAUCAUCAGUUUGGGUUUUGAUGAGAAGACAAAGGGCUCGAAGGGCACUUGUGAAGAAGAUCAUGAUCCGACCAAAGAAUAGUCUCGACGCUUCUAGAAGACCGUGUCGCUCGAUAAAUAGACGAGUCAAGACGCUGAAAGAGCUCGUUCCCAACACCAAAUCAUCAGAAAGUUUGGAUGGUCUCUUUAGACAAACGGCGGAUUAUAUUUUGGCUUUGGAAAUGAAAGUGAGAGUUAUGCAAACAAUGGUUCAGGUUUUGACCGAAACUGACUGUGUUUAA